AGAGUACAAAGUGAUACAAAGUUUGCAGAGCAACAAUGGCGGAUGUGUACGGUAAUACUAGAGGAGGAGGGCUGCUGCUCGGUGUUUCAAUGUGCGGCGGCGGCGGCGCUCAGGCGCGCGAGAUAGAACAGAUGUCCAGAGAAGGCAGCCAAUACAGCCUUUCCACCGGGAUUCUCCCUUCUCUCGGCGCCAGAAGUAAUCGCAGAGUCAGGCUUCGUUCUUCCAUUGUUUCGCCUUACGACCGCCGUUACAGAGGAUGGCAGAACUUUCUGGUUGCGCUGGUUGUUUACACCGCUUGGGUGUCGCCAUUCGAAUUCGGGUUUCUUGAUAAACCAACGGGACCCCUCUCCAUCACGGACAACGUUGUCAACGGAUUCUUCGCAAUCGACAUUAUUCUUACAUUCUUCGUAGCCUACCUUGAUAGAAGUACAUAUCUUCUUGUUGACGAUCCGAAGAAGAUUGCUCGUAAGUACGCAACUUCUUGGUUGGCCUUGGAUAUCAUAUCUACUAUCCCUUCUGAACUUGCUCGAAAAAUCUCCCCAAAACCUUUACGUACCUAUGGAUUUUUCAACAUGCUCCGCCUCUGGCGUCUCAGAAGAGUCGGCGCCUUAUUUGCCCGAUUGGAGAAAGAUAGGAAUUUCAACUACUUUUGGGUUAGGUGUGCGAGGCUUGUUUGUGUUACUCUUUUUGCAGUUCAUUGUGCUGGUUGCUUCUAUUAUCUACUUGCUGCUCACUACCCCAAUCCAGCAAAGACAUGGAUUGGAGCAGCUAUGAAUGAUUUUCGUGAGCAAAGUCUUUGGAUUCGUUAUGUCACUUCGAUUUACUGGUCCAUCACUACUCUCACAACUGUUGGCUAUGGAGAUUUGCAUGCUGAAAAUAUGAGGGAAAUGAUAUUCAACAUUUUCUACAUGCUGUUUAACUUGGGACUCACUGCAUAUCUGAUAGGAAAUAUGACAAAUUUGGUUGUCCAUGGCACUAGCAAGACUCGUCAAUUCAGAGAUACCAUUCAAGCUGCUUCAAGUUUUGCACAAAGGAAUCAAUUGCCAGGUCGCCUUCAAGACCAGAUGCUUUCACAUUUGUGCUUGAAGUUUCGAACCGACUCAGAGGGGCUGCAGCAGCAAGAGACUCUCGAUUCACUUCCAAAAGCAAUUCGGUCGAGUAUUUCCCAUUUCCUUUUCUACUCUCUAGUAGAUAAGGUAUACUUGUUUCGUGGAGUUUCCAAUGAUUUACUCUUCCAGCUGGUCUCCGAGAUGAAGGCAGAGUAUUUCCCUCCCAAAGAGGAUGUAAUCUUGCAGAACGAAGCACCAACUGACUUUUAUAUUCUUGUCACUGGGGCAGUGGAUAUAUUGGUUCAAAAGAAUGGAGUUGAAGAGCCUAUGGGAGAGGCCAAAACUGGUAAGAUCUGUGGUGAAAUUGGCGUACUUUGUUACAGGCCUCAAUUGUUCACAGUUCGAACGAAAAGAUUAAGCCAGCUAUUACGACUCAACCGCACCACAUUUAUGAACAUUGUUAAGGCCAACGUUGGAGAUGGCACAAUUAUUAUGAAUAACCUUCUGCAGCAUUUGAAGGAAAUAAACGAUCCAAUAAUGGAGGGAGUUCUGCUCGAGACUGAGAACAUGCUUGCUAGAGGAAGAAUGGACCUACCAUUAACUCUAUGUUUUGCAGCACAUAGAGGAGACGAUUUAUUAUUGCAUCAUUUGUUGAAGAGGGGUCUCGAUUCUAAUGAAUCUGAUAGUAAUGGAAGAACAGCUCUUCAUAUAGCUGCAUCAAAAGGAAGCGAGAACUGUGUGCUUCUAUUACUGGAUUUUGAUGCAGAUGCCAAUAGCCGAGAUUCAGAAGGGAGUGUACCACUCUGGGAAGCAAUGCUAGGACGGCACCAACCAGUCAUAAAGCUACUGUCAGACAAUGGUGCUAAACUGACCAACGGUGACAUAGCUCUAUUCUCCUGCAUCGCAGCCGAGCAAAACAAUUUAGAAUUGCUCAAAGAAAUCGUCAGUCACGGUGGAGACGUCACCCAACCAAAAAGCAACGGGUGCACAUCUCUCCACAUGGCCGUAUGCGAGGGCAAUAUCGAAAUAGUCAAAUUUCUUUUGGACCAAGGUGCAAAUAUUGACAAAGGAGACGAAAAUGGCUGGACAGCAACAGACCUUGCAGAGCAGCAAGGCCACGAUGAAAUUAAGGAACUCUUUGAUUCCUACAAAGGGCCCACCAAGUACAUCGAACCAGCGCCAGCUGAUGCGAUCUCAGAGGAGCGCGGGGUUCGUUUCUUUGGAAGAUUCAAAAGCGAGACAACUAUGUUACCUGCAGUUAGCAAGGAGAGCUCGUUUCAUAGGCGUAGGACUAACAAUUUCUAUAAUUCACUUUUCGGGAUUAUGUCUGCAGCACAAACUGGAGAGACUGCGUCGACUGAAACUGUAGAGAAUAGUACUACUACAGGUGCAACGGUUAGUAAAGCUUAUGGUGCUAGAGUGACAGUGAGCUGCCCCGAUAGAGGAGAUUUUGCGGGGAAGCUCGUACUUCUCCCAAAGAGCUUUAAAGAAUUACUCGAAAUCGGAGCUAAGAAAUAUGGCUUCUUCCCUGCAAAAAUCUUGAUAAAAAAUGGUGCUUCGAUUGAUGAUAUAGAGCUUGUCAGAGAUGGUGAUCAUUUAGUUUUCGAGUGACUGCAAAGUGGUCUUUCGUUUAGUGGUAUGAUUGUUUUCUUUAACACGUGAUUGAUUAAAUUAUCCAGUCGUCCAACUAGAUCAGAUCCAAAAACUAUCUCAUGUAAAGAAUAUACAAAAAAAAGAAUAUGGUAUGAAGUUACUGAACUGUAUGUAUUGUCUGAACAUAUACAGUCUGAAUAAAAAAAAUGUCUUAAUCCUUCAUGAUUGAUGUUGGCCAAGGCUUCAGUUUUCUUUCAUCGAUGUAAUCUGGUACGGUGAAGAGAUUCUUGUUUUCUUUACUCUGUUUCUUCCUGUAAAAAGAUUUGCCUUUACUAAAACAGAGUAGACAAGAACCAUUGAGAG